AUGGACAACUGUAGAGUACUGGAGGACGCAGUGCUGACGAAGACGUUUGUCGGAGACUCAGUGGUAGUCGGGAGUAAAUCAAACCUGAAAAACGUGCUCGUAAAGUCGGGGAGUGAGGUGGCCGAGGGAACACAGCUGGAGAAGGACUAUAUUCCAUCGUUUAUGUAG